AUGGCAUGAAGGAAUAUACAUGGACUUCUUUUUUCAAUAACAAAUAAAAAAGGAAAGAAAGAAUUAAAGAAACUCAAAAAACAAAGGAAAAACAACGCUACCUUCUCACCAAGGAGCGUUUCUUCUGUUUCUCAAAUCGAUCAUCAAAUUAUAGUUAUGGAAUAGCUUGGAUCUGAUUCGCUUUUGGAGAAAACAAAAGGCGGAAUGGGACAAGCCUUUCGCAAGUUAUUUGAUACCUUCUUCGGCAACUCUGAGAUGAGGGUUGUAAUGUUAGGGCUGGAUGCGGCUGGAAAAACAACUAUAUUAUACAAGCUGCAUAUAGGAGAAGUUCUGUCUACAGUUCCUACUAUUGGUUUCAAUGUAGAAAAAGUCCAGUACAAGAAUGUGAUUUUUACUGUGUGGGAUGUUGGUGGACAAGAGAAAUUAAGGCCACUCUGGAGGCAUUACUUUAAUAACACAGAUGGACUGAUUUACGUCGUUGACUCUUUGGAUCGAGAGAGAAUUGGAAAGGCGAGGCAAGAGUUUCAGGCCAUCAUCAGAGAUCCUUUUAUGCUUAAUGCCGUGAUCUUGGUUUUCGCUAAUAAGCAGGACAUGAAAGGAGCAAUGACCCCAAUGGAAGUGUGUGAAGGCCUUGGUCUCUAUGAUCUAAAAAACCGAAGAUGGCAUCUUCAAGGCACAUGUGCUCUUCGUGGGGAUGGCCUAUAUGAGGGACUGGACUGGUUAUCGAGUACUCUAAAAGAUCUCAAGGCCGCUGGGUACUCUUCAGUGGGCACUUCAUCCUUCUGAUUGAUCAGGCUUACAAAAGAAGAACCCCCCUUUUGAGGGACAAAACUGAAUACCCUGUCGUCUGUAAAUUGAAACACCUGAACUCUCAUUGACAAUCUUUACUUUUGGGUCUGUGCUUCUGAUGCAGUGGAGUACAAUAGGCACUUGAUUCCUGGCCUAGGUGAAGCUUGAUUUUUGGUUCUGUUGUAUGCGGAAAUACGGACCUUGCAAUUGAUCUUUCCCGUACACUAGAAAUGUAUCUUUUGAUGCCUACCUUUUGUAUUUUCAGUAUGUAUACUCCACAUGAAAUGAGUGAUUACUGAUCUUCCUUACAAGCAUGCCAAAUUUAUCCACCCUGCUCCCUAAAAGAUUUGUGCCUUUAGAUGUUGAUAUCAUUCUAGUUCUUGCUUCUCGUGUAUUGUUGAAUAGUUUAUCUACUACAUUCAUAGUUUAUCUACUA